AUGUUUUCUUCUGAUGCCAUGGAGCAGACCACAAAUUUAGCUCUUACCGUACAAUCUGCCAUUGAAUCCAUUCGUGCCGAGCUCAAAGCCGAUAAGCGCCGCAAACGACGACGUCGUGAACAUCAAAUGAGCAAUCAAUCUUGUUCUUUAAAAACUUCUCACAGGCAAUUAUCAUCAUAUCCUCCCUCUCCACUCACAGACACCGUAGAACUUGGCAGUUAUCCACCCGAAAUCACAUCAAAAGAGUCAAACUCAGAUUCGACUUCAGGCACCGAUUCACCUGACCUUGAAUUGGCCUCCUGCGAUGAAUCCACCCAAAAGGUAUCUCAGACAACUUCUCAAGGAAACGGCAGUGAUUCCAGUCACCCAAGUGAAAACACGAACCUUCUUCAUAAAGCAUCCUCUCUCAAAACUGAUUCCGAUUCAAUACCGGUGGACUCUGGCAGUGAAAAUUCUUUUAGUUCUGUAGACUGUCCUUCUAAUAAUUAUCUUGAUCUUUCCACUAAGGAGCCUACCUAUUCGGCAACACUUAUUUCACCUGCAGUAGAUAAAUAUAAGCAAUCAGUUAUUUCGCCAGUAAAUUUACCCUGCCCUCAUUUGGUAUCAGAGGAAUUGACAGAUGAGCCAAUUACUUCAAACCGUAAUGAAUUUCAGGCUAUCAAAUGCCAUCUGGAUAGUGAGCAAAUCCCGCAAGCUUGUGAAGAUACCAUGCUAGAUAUUACUAGACAGAAAGUGGACGAUAUGGUUCCAUCGUUCGAGCUUACAGAAGACCUGGUACUGGAUGCAGAUGACUUCAUGGACGAAUGUGUAGUUUCUAAUUCUAAUGCCUAUCAAGGCGAUGAGGAGAAUGAGGAAGAGGAAGAGGAUGAUGCUACAGACACUGAGGGAGAAUGCAUCGAACAAUCCGCAUCUCAGAGCAACCGAGUAACUACCAAGCGGAUCUUUCUGGGAAUAGAAUCUCAGUCCGAAAUUGGACCUUCUACGACUGCCAGUGGUUCUGGCAGUGUUUUGUCGAGAUCUAGGAAGAUAACUGGGAAGUGGUCGGCCGAUCCGGGAGAAGUUGGGUCCAGAGACUACAGGCGAAAUGGUUAUCGACAUAGCCGGCUAGAAUUAAAGGCUGAUAGUAUCGAAUCUCUUUCUUCCCAUCAAGGGUGUAGAUCUUGGUCUCCCAAUCACAAUAAUGAUCAAGACGGAAGCAAUAUAGGCGGAAAGUUGGCAGAGGAAGAUUUAGAUGAUGAUGAAGUCAGAGCUCAGAUAGCCGCUUUUCUGCCUCCCCCCAAAAGUCUGAUCCUUGCUGAUAAUCCUUUACUUCACAUGCCUCCAGGAGUGAGUUUUUAG